AUGAUGGAGAACAACGUGAGCGAGGGCGGAAGAAAAUGGAAGAUGAUGGCACGCGUCGCCACUCUAGUAACGGCCCUGCUGCUGCUAGAAUUGCUGACAGUCUCAGUGCCGACCGCGGGCUCAGUACCGGUCGGUUCUUCGAAGUUGCUCGUGAACGGUACCGACUGCACGCUCGUCGAGCCGAUGUACAACGUGACGUUCGACUUUCACGAUCUCAGCUCUGACCUCAGCCAUCAUGUGAUUUCGGACCGAAACGAACGCUUUGUGUUCAACGUGUGUGGUGAGCGCCGGCCUUCUGCCUACCUGAUCCGUCCAACUGGCAAUACGACACUCGGUGACACGGCCGAUUUGCGGCUUGAGGACGGUCGAUUGCAGUUCAGCUUCGUCGGUGAUCCGUGCGGGGCAAGCGGGCAACGCUACUCGCUGGACCUCAUCCUGCUGUGCAGUUACGACCGCGCUAGCUCCGAACUGAGCGUCAUCCCGUACUCAUCGGACCAGUGUCGUUACUUCAUCUUCUGGACCACGCCGCAUGCCUGCCUGCCGUUGCCGAAAGAGUUACGCGACGCGCACUGCACCGCGACGGACACCGCAACCGGGCAUACCUACAACCUCAGUCCACUGGCCAACGUUAACCAUCUGGUAGCGGAUGGACGCGGAUCAGACUUCCUGGUCGCCGCCUGUCGGCCCGUCCACUACGGUCACCUGGCCAUGUGUCCGCCGGGCAGCGGGGUUUGCUUUGUGAACGCCACCGAACCGGACAUUCGGCAACGGUACCGUGACUAUGGCCAGAUGGUGGCCAACCCGGUGCUGAAGGACGGCCAGCUCGUGAUGGAGCUACGUUCGGCCACCCAACAGUGUGGCGAUUCACGGAUUGUCUUCGAGUGUGGAGUCGAACUGGGCAACGAGGGUCCACAGUACGUUGGCAAGAAGGGCUGCACUUACCAGUUCCGGUGGUCCACGUCACUGGCGUGCGCCCGCAGUCAACGCCCGUGCUCGGUGUCUAAUCCGACCUCCGGUACCGUGCACGAUUUGGGAUCGCUGGCUGAACGAGUGUAUGUCCUGGCGGAAGCUAAUCGCACGUAUGAAGUGGCCGUUUGCCGUAUGCCACAGACCGCCACGUGGUGUCCUUCCGGUUCCGGUGCGUGUGAGGUCUCCGGGGCACAGUCGGUCAGUUUCGGAGCAGUCAACGAUGAGCUACAGUUUGGCACGACGGGAGCACCGUACUUGCUGUACCGAUCGGGUGCCAUGUGCCGCGGUGAUCAGCGUUGGACGACGAAGCUCGAGUUUAUCUGUGAAACGGAUUCAACUGAGCCCGACGGUGGUAUGGUGGCGCCGCGUGUCGUCGAGAGCGGCGAGGCGGCCAACUGUCAGAUGGUGGUGCAGUUUGAAACCGUGCUCGUGUGUGAACCGGCGAUGAAAUGUUUGGCGUUUAAUCGCACCACCGACGAGUACAUCGACCUGACACCGCUCGCCAACUCCGUCGCCAACUACGAGGCACGGUUGGGCUCCACGGUAAACGCUUCCACCGCCGCCGUCGCCGCUCACCGUAAGUACUUUCUCAACGUUUGCCGGCCACUUGUGCCUCAGUACGGGCUGAGCUGCCGAGGAGGAGCGUCAGCCUGCGAGGCCAUCUUUGACGGAACGACGUUCCGCAACGAGACGACUCUCGGUUUUCCCGACAUUUCGCUCAUGGUGGCUGACGAUGCGGUGCUGAUGCGGUAUCUGCGAGGCGAUCGUUGCACCAACGACCCACACACCAACUCGUCGUCGACCGUUGCGUUCCGGUGCUCGCCGAAAGCCGGUUUUGGCCAGCCGGAGCUGCGCGAAAUUGAGCCCGAUUGUCACUAUCGGUUCGAUUGGGACACGGCUAUUGUUUGUCCUCCCACGACCGCCAUCCGGUUCGAGAAGAGCAACUGUAGCUUUACGAACGACGCAACCGGCGGUUGUUUGUCGCUGAAGGAGGCCCUCGAAAGUGAUACCGCGAAUAAUUCCCUCUACCUGGACGCAUUCUGUAGCGGCCAGCACGAUGGGUUCGGUGCGUGGCUCGAUUAUAGCUUGGGUGCGUUGCGCCUUAGCACGUCCGCUGCACUCGCCGUGGGUUCGACCAGCGGUAAGUCAUAG